GCAAAUGUAGCGAGGGCAGUCUGCGCGUUUGGGGUGGUGCUGUUGUGUUUGUGUGUUGUCCUCCUCUUUCUCGUCACUGCUGCUGUUCAGCGCGGGAUGAUGGCGGAGGCUGUUGCGGCACAGCUAGACUCAUUCGGCCGCAAUUUCCAGAUAACCAGUGGUGCUCUGGCAUCUGGACCGGUGGAGAGCCUUGGUCUGAUCUCGCACGCCUCCAACAGCCCCGCAGGAUUAGGAAUGGAGAGCAGUCAACCAAUCGCCAUCACAGACCUGGGUACACGACGGAAGAAGAAACGCAGAACUCGUGCCACGGACAGUUUCACUGGGAAAUUUAGUGAUCUGUACAAGCUGACGGACGAGCUGCUGGGUCAGGGAGCUUAUGCUAAAGUCCAGGGCUGUGUGAGUUUACAGAAUGGCAAUGAGUAUGCUGUGAAGAUAAUCGAGAAGAAAGCUGGUCACAGUCGCAGUAGAGUUUUCAGGGAGGUGGAGACGCUUUACCAGUGUCAAGGAAAUAAGAACAUUCUGGAGCUCAUUCAGUUUUUUGAAGAGGACUGCUGUUUUUAUCUGGUUUUUGAAAAGUUGCGUGGAGGUUCCAUUUUAACACACAUACAGAGUCGAAAAUACUUUGACGAGAGAGAGGCUAGUCAUGUGGUCAGGGAUAUAGCACAUGCACUGGACUUUCUGCACAACAAAGGAAUCGCUCACCGGGACCUAAAGCCUGAAAAUAUCCUGUGUGAAUAUACUGAUAAGGUUUCUCCUGUUAAGAUCUGUGAUUUUGAUCUUGGGAGUGGAGUGAAGCUGAACAGUGCCUGCACCCCAAUAACUACCCCUGAGCUCACCACACCAUGUGGCUCAGCAGAGUACAUGGCUCCCGAGGUGGUGGAGGUCUUUACAGAUGAGGCUUCGUUCUAUGAUAAACGCUGUGACCUCUGGAGCCUUGGAGUGAUUCUCUACAUCCUGCUCAGCGGGAGUCCUCCCUUCACUGGCCACUGCGGCACCAACUGUGGCUGGGAACGAGGAGAGACAUGUCGUGCCUGCCAGAACAACCUAUUUGAGAGGAUUCAAGAGGGGAAAUAUGAGUUUGGGGAUGGAGUGUGGGCUCAGAUCUCAGCCGAUGCCAAAGAUCUGAUCUCGCGGCUGCUGGUGCGAGAUGCCACACUACGGCUGAGUGCAGCCCAGGUCCUGAAGCAUCCCUGGGUGCAAGGGAAUGCUCCUGAAAGAGUUCUUUCUACUCCUCGUGUUCUGCAAAGAAACUGCAGCACUAAAGACCUGACGCAGUUCGCAGCUGAUGCCAUCGCGUUCAAUCGGCAGCUGUCUCAGAAAGAGGAAGAGCAGGAGGACUUCGGUGCAGUGGUCUGCUCUAUGAGGCUCUCCCCUCCAUCUAACUCUAGAUUAGCCCGUCGCCGAGCACAAUCUCAAGCACUACGCACCAAUAACUGAUGCCUACCCACCGCACAGGUGCUCCAGUUAUACACAUGCACAACAUAGUGCAUCAUAACCCUUCAUACACACAACUUCUCUGGCGAACGGAUGGGUUCUUGAGCAAACACACAUGUAUAUGCACCGCAGACUCAGUGAUACCAACUUUGUAGCACAGACUAACCUUAUAUAUACAAACCAAAAACAUCCAAACAUUUCUAAUUUAUUUACAGGUCUUUCACUCUAUGUAAUGUGAGUAUUUUGUGUUUUAAGCAUCAGACAUUGUGCUUGUUUUUAUAUUUAUGCUUAUUCUUAACAAAACAUUGAUUCUUUUAACAUUUUUAAAAACCACUCGAGUUCCUGUAAAGCACAGGACUAAUUGCUUUAUUUUUCUAUUGUUUAUUUAUAUAACGUCUAGCCGUAGUCUCGUUAUUGUUUUGGUUUAUUUGAGCAAUGUAAAGCCACGCUGCCUGACAGUAACAUACAGUACACAUUACGAAGUGUAUCGUUAUGUAUGUCUUAAGUGCAAAUGCAAUCCAGAGGUAUUGCUGCUUUACUGAGGGUGCUUAAAAGGUGUUACAUAUAUUUGACCAGAUAUUUCCUGCUCAGAUAAUUAGUAAAUGUUGCACAGUACGUAUUUUUGUCUUUUCAGGUUUCAGAUGAUUCUAUUUUUUCAUUUUAUGUAUAUUUUUUUAUGGUCUUGCUUUAUCUUUGUUAGAGUGUUGAAUAUUAUUUUGUUGUAAAAGUGAACUUUUUUUUAUAAGCGUCAGGGAAAUGAGCCGGUUCUGCAGCCGAUUCAGUUACGAGAUGGAGUAUGUUUUAAUUUUUUGGUUAUGUAUUCUGUGCAAAAUGUGCCAUUUUGGGAGGGGGCAGAGCUCCUUAUGUGCAAAAUAACCAGUUUACUCUCGAUUGCCUUUUGUAUUAUCAAAUUCAAAAUCAUGCAUGUUUAUUUUUUUCCUGAUAUUUUUUGCUCAGAAUGUUAUUUGAGGUAAGGUGAAAUGGUAAGAAUUUAGUGGUUGUCCAUGUAUUAUGUAUGUCCCUUUAUGAGGAUGUAUUGGGAAACAUUUCAUGGACCAGGGAUGACACUAGAGGGCGCUACCUCAAAUUAAUGCUAUGUUCUCAUUAUUCAGUGCUUCUGUGAUACUCUAAAGGAGUAACAAAGGCUAAUUUUAGGAAUGGUGUCAAUGGAAAGGCCAUUUAACUCCUAAAAACUGGUACGGGUCAGAGGAGGUCAACUGGUUUUCCAAUUUUGAGAAAUAAAGUCAUUUGCACUGA